AUGCCUAUAAAGAGCGAGCAGCCAAACACCUGCUGCAUCCAGCAUCCAGAUUCCAGCAUCCAGAUUCCUGUUCAACAGGGUGCAACUGAUGAAGGAGAUGAUGGAGACUCAUCUCAGGACGUCUCUGAAGUCAUUGCAAGAGCAAAUGCUGGCACAACAACGAGGCUGAUUUAUGAUGACAUUGCCCCAAAUAUGAAAAGGAACGCUGUCCCCUGCACUGCUAUAGGCUGCAAGUGGCGUAAAAGUGGAUACUAUGUAACAGUCCCUUACACCAUCUCCUCUGAAUACUCCACAAACGAGCGCAACUUCAUCAUCAGUACUCUGAAGUCCUUCCACAGGUCCACUUGUGUUCGCUUUCAGAUGAGGAACUCGUGGCAUCGCGAUUACAUACACUUCUUCUCUGGAUCUGGGUGCUGGUCCUACCUUGGCCGUCAGGGAGGACAACAGGAUGUCUCCCUGAGGAGAAACGGCUGUCUGUACACGAGCACGGUGCAGCACGAGGUUCUCCACGCUCUCGGCUUCCACCACGAGCAAGUCCGCUCCGACAGAGACAGAUAUGUCAACAUCCUCACCCAGAACAUCCAGUCAGGAAAGGAAUCCAACUUCAGGAAGUUGGGGACCAACAACCUGGGAACUCCCUAUGACUUCAACUCCGUCAUGCAUUACAGCAAGUACGCCUUCUCUAAAAAUGACCAACCCACCAUCGUUGCCAAGAGCAACCCAAACCUUAACUUCGGACAUGCCAGGACGUUGAGCGCCAAUGACAUUGCCCGUGUCAACAGGCUGUACAACUGCUGAGUUUCUAAAAAAGGACUCUUCUACCAAGUCAUACGAAGCGUAAUGACAAAAGGAAAGGGUCGGCUUCCAGUUUCUUCCACUCUCGGCUCGUCAUGAUUACACAAGCAGCCAACAUCUGUUUUUC